UGUAUUGAUCGACAAAGGCGUCAGAGGGUGGGAACGAUCAUGAUUAAGUUGGCAGAGAAAGUGUGUUUGGCUCAGAAUAGAGAAUAGAAAGAAAGAAACAGCAGAGACCACAGAGUACAGACCUCUCUCAUUCACUCUUUUGAGAUUUGCGCCCCAACCAUAAUCUUAACUCAUCUUGGACUUAGUUUUAAGCAAAUAAGGCGGCGACCAUUACUCUCUCUUCUUCACUUUCUCUAUUAUUUCUGACUUCAUUCACCAACUUACAUUAUUAACUGCAUUCAUUUCCUUCAUUACCUUAACACGUUUUCUCUCUUUUUCAUUCUCUUCUCUUCUUCUUGUAACCUCACACUUGCUUUCUUUCACUGUCUUACUUCUCAACAUACGUGAUCCUACUUUCUUUGUUUGGUUUUCAAGAAAAAAAGAAACAAAAAUGAAGUUUAUGAAGUUGGGUUCAAAGCCUGAUGCACUUCAAUCUGAUGGCAAGUUUGUCAGGUACAUAUCAUCUGAAUUAGCUACAGAUAUUAUCAUAGCUAUUGGUGAAGUAAAGUUCGACCUUCACAAGUUCCCUCUACUGUCAAAGAGCAACUGCUUACAGAAGUUGGUGUCGAAGGCUAACGAAGAUAAUUCAGAUGAAAUUUACUUGGACGAUUUCCCUGGUGGUCCCAAGGCCUUUGAAAUAUGUGCAAAGUUCUGCUAUGGAAUGACUGUGACUCUAAAUGCUUACAAUGUUGUGGCUGCUCGAUGUGCAGCGGAGUACCUUGAGAUGACAGAGGAUAUUGAUAAAGGAAAUUUGAUUUUUAAAAUUGACGUGUUCCUUACAUCAAGCAUCUUUCGUAGCUGGAAGGAUUCUAUAAUUGUUCUUCAAACUGCUAAAUCUCUUCUCCCUUGGUCUGAGGAUCUGAAGAUAAUUGGGAGAUGCAUAGAUUCCAUAGCAUCAAAAACUUCUGUUGAUCCGGCAGACAUCACUUGGUCUUACACUUACAACCGGAAAUUAACACAGGUCGAUAAAAUCGUUGAGGACAAGAUAACAUUGAAAGAGAAAAUUGAGUCUGUUCCGAAGGAUUGGUGGGUUGAGGAUAUAUGUGAGCUGGACAUUGAUCUUUAUAAACGUGUAAUGAUUGCUGUGAAAUCAAAGGGAAGAAUGGACGGUGUUGUGAUUGGCGAGGCGCUGAAAACCUAUGCUGUUAGAUGGUUGCCUGAUUCUGUUGAUGCAUUGGUUUCCGAUGCUCAUGCAUGGAGGAACAAAUCUCUGGUAGAAACAAUUGUGUGUUUAUUGCCGUGCGAUAACGGUGUCGGUUGUUCCUGUAGUUUCUUGCUGAAAUUAUUUAAAGUGGCCAUACUUGUUGAAGCCGAUGAAUCAUCCAGAGAAGAAUUGAUGAACAGCAUCAGCUUAAAAUUGCAUGAAGCUUCUGUCAAGGAUUUACUGAUUCCAGCAAGGUCUCCUGGGAUUACUACUUAUGAUGUUGAUUUGGUGCAAGAUCUUUUGAAUCGAUACAUGAAUAAUGAAAAGAGAAAGCGUGAUAUCGAGGUUACGGACAUGAAAGAUAAAGUAUUUGGUGAAUCUAUUUUAGGGAAUAGGGCGAUAUUGAAUCUCGGCAAGUUGGUUGAUAGUUAUCUUGGAGAAAUUGCACAUGAUCCUAAUCUUAGCCUCUCUAGUUUUGUUGAUUUGUCACAGUCAAUUCCAGAUUUUGCUAGACCAAAUCAUGACGGUUUUUACAGAGCUAUCGAUAUCUACUUGAAGGAGCACCCAAGUUUGACUAAAUCUGAAAAGAAGAAUAUAUGUGGACUGAUGAAUGUCAAGAAAUUGACUGCUGAUGCAUCGGCACAUGCUGCACAGAACGAACGUCUUCCACUUCGAGUUGUAGUGCAGGUCCUAUAUUUUGAACAAGUUAGAGCUGCAGCCAGUGCCCGAGCAUUUGCUAACAGUCCACGUGAUCCUUCACAUGCCCUGAUAAACGGAGACGAGGAAUGUGAGAAAACACUGGGAGUGAGCUGCCAUUCCCUCAACAGACAAACAAGUCGUUUGAAGAUUAAGGAUGAUGAGUUUCGUAAGAGCGUGAGAUUGGAUAAGAAGAGUAGCAAAAAUAGCAGAAGUGGCAUGCAGUUGUUGCCGUCUCGGUCGAGGAGAAUAUUUGACAAGUUAUGGAAUGUUGGUAGUAAAGGACAUGGAGAGAAUAGGAGUUCAGAGACUUCAGGGAGUUCUAAUAGUCCAACUUCUGUAGUCCUUGGAGAUACAAAAUCUUCUGGUUCAUCCUUAAGACACAAAAGACAUUCUAUCUCUUAGGGAAUUACAUAGAAUUAAUUGGAACAAGUGAAAAGAAUGUUCAAAUUGAUGUGAAGUGUAAAGUGGUAGGUUGCUAAUCUUGUGUCUGCAGUGCAUGCAAGUAAUGUAAUUUGAAUUAAGAUCUCAGCAGCAUUGGAAAAAAAAGACAUGGAGUAUAACAUUUUUGCUGUGUUUUCUGUAUCUUGUUUCUUUCUGUCUAGUAGGGUAAGAUCUUUCAUGCUUACUGAUCUGGAAAUGGGUAGGGUUCUUAAGAUUUUAUUAAAUGCUGCUGCCGUUUGUAUAUUAUCGUUUUAACUUAUUAAAUCAGUGCAUGGCUUCUGACUUAGCUUGGAUUUAAAUCAAGACCAAGAAAUUUAAAGCUUUCAGUUCUA